AUGGCCGCGCAUAUCUGGCGCAGCAUGUCCUCCUAUCUCGCCUCCUCCUCCCCCGGAGCGCCUCAUAGCAACGACCAGACCAUGAGGCCCCAUCCGCCCUCGCCCGCACCGGCGCCGCCACCAUCAUCACCAUCAUCCGCCGGGGCGGCCACGGCGGCCGCGAGCAGCGUCGGCUACGCCACGUGCGCGCUCGUCUUCACGGGCAUCCAGGCGGCGCGGCGCGACUUCGAGGAGGCCAUGGAGCGCGAGCGCGCGCGGCGCGCGGCCGACGUCGGCGCGAGCGAGGAGGCGGCGCGUCGGCGCGCCGAGGACCUCGCGGCGCAGGCGCUGCGGACGCUAAAGGCGGACCUCGCCGCGGGCUUUAGGGAACGCGAGGAAGUCCUGGAGGCGCGCGUGGUGGCGAGGGAGGAGGCCUUGGAGACGCGCCUGGCGAGGCUCGAGGCCGAGGCGGAGGCCGAGGCGCGGCGGCGGCGGGCCGGCAGUGAUCGGGAUGCGGGAGAUGGGCCCGGGAUGACGGUGCAGCAACAGCAGCAUCCCGGCGGUGGUGGCUCGGGCGAGGAAAAAGCGACCGCGGCUCAGCUGGCGGACCUGAGCGUCAGACUCGAGGCACUCCAGGCCCGCGUGGAGGCGUCGGCUCGAGACUGCAGGCAGUACACGGACCGGGAGCUCGGCGGCGCCCUGCGGCGGGGAGGGCCGGACGCCGACCGCAGGUGGGAGGACACCCAGGGGCAGGAGCAGAGGCUCGCGAGCCUCGAGGCGGCGAUGGCCGAGACGGCCGACCGCAACCAUGACAGCGUCGUGCUGCUGAGCAGAGACUGCGCCGGUCUCGAGGUCGUGAUAGCCGAGAACAGUCGCCGUUACAGCCAUGACAUGGAGUUGCUGAGGAGAGACUGCGCCAGCCUCGAGGCAGUGGUGGUCGACAAUGACCGCCGUCAUGUCGGCAACGUCGAGCAGCUGAGGAGGGACUGCGGUCGCGCCGGGAGACGAUGUGCCGCCACCGAAGAGCGCAUCGCCAGCUUGCAAAGGCGGUUGGACGAACACGUCGCGCGGCUGCUUCAGCCACAGGAUCAGCAGCGGCAGCAGGAACCGCGGGGCGCCCCAAGUCGACCUGAAAGCGUCCGCUCGUCGUCUCCAGCGAUAUAUCAGAGCCCAGAGUCCACAUGCGCCGAUGUUGCACCUGCGUCGCCGCCGCCGUCUCAGACGGCGCAAGAACUUCCGACACCCGAGACGAGCGGCGCAUGCUCAGAUGACCGUCCUAAAACAAAACCUGCCCGGGCUCGGCGGCCCAGAAACCGCAGUGCCCUGACCAAAGAGCUCAAAUCACUCAGCACUGGCGACAAAGGCAGAGGCGGCCUCCCAAGCAGAGAUCUCGGUCACUGCACCAUCCCGGAGCUAUUCUUCACCUUCGACAGGCGGUACCGCCACCAGAAGCCGAGCCCGGAGCACCGCUUCGUUAGAGAGUUUCUCCGGAGCGUCCACGAGCUACUUGCGGAACACGACAGAACGCGCUUGGAGGCCGGGUUCCUCGACUCCCAGAGAGGUGUGUUUCAGCGGAGGCAAGCCGGGGAAUCAUUGUGGUGUGGCAUAUCCGCAAAGUGGCACGACGUGCGUUUUUGUAUGUGGUCAUUUCAGGAGGUCAGAGAUGUGCUGAUUCCAGAUCGCCCUUGA